UGCACUCAUAAUGUGAAAUUCGAAACAAUAAAUAAAAAUGUCAUCAGUAGCACCACUCGCUCUACAGCCUUUAGACAGCCCUCCCACCCUCAACCUUCCUCACCAAUCCGACAACCCACCAGCCCCUCUCAAUUCCACCGAUACUAAAUCCAACGACCUCAUUACCCAACGAAUAAUCCAACUCCAAUCCCUCCUCUCCACACUGCACGCCUACCGCGAAACCAUCCCCGCCAUAAUUGAAGCCUACAAGUCUGGCAAACUCACUAUUGAGCCGGGGCAACUCACUUUUUGGACUGGGAAUUGCCAAUUAGGCCCUGUAAGGAAAUUUGAUGUCCCCACCACAGAGGAUGAGAGGCUUGGACAGCAGGUUAAAGUGAUGGGGAUGUUGGAUGAGAUGCUCAAGGUGCAGGAUAGGGGGGAUUUGUUGUGGAUUGAGAAUCCGUUGCCGUCGGAGGGAGGGUGAGUGCGUAUGGAAUGUUUAUAGUUGAUGUUGGAACUGUGUACUAUUUGUAUGAUCGAGUCAUCCAUGUUAAUAUUUGUCUUGUCUCUAAUUGACUGUGAUUUUCGUCAUGACA